AUUAAAAAAGAAAAUUCAAUUAAUCAUUUUGAAAUGUUUACAAAUAUAAAAUUUACAAUAUUAUUAAUAGUUUUAAUUACAAUUUUUAAUAAAAAUCAAGUAUUAUCAGCACCAUUGGAUGAAACUCUAAUAUCAGAAGAUCAACAACAGAACAACAAUCAUAAAAAUAAUGAUGAUGAUGAAUUCUCAUUUAUUUUAUUACAUAAUAAUGAUAUGCAUGCAAGAUUUGAAGAAAUUUAUAAUAUGACAAAAUCAUGUACACCAGAUCUUAAAGAAUCAAAUCAAUGUUUUGGUGGUUUUGCUAGACAAGUUCAUGUGAUACGAGAAUAUCGUGAAAAAGCAAAAAAUCCUCAUGGAAAACCAAUUUUAUAUUUAAAUGCUGGUGAUACUUUUACGGGAACACCAUGGUUUGCCAUAUACAAACAUGAAAUCUCAAGUAAAUUUUUAAAUCUUUUGGAACCAGAUGCUGUUACACUUGGUAAUCAUGAAUUUGAUUUGGGUGUAAAAAAUCUUGCAAAAUAUAUAAAAUCACUGAAUACUCCAGUUGUUGUUAGCAAUUUAGAUUUAUCGAAUGAACCAAAAAUGCAAAAUAUUAAAAAUUUACAUAAUUCAAUUAUACUUGAAUUGGCAUCACAUCGAAUUGGUAUAAUUGGUUAUGUUACACCAGAGACAAUGUUUCAGGCAUCUGUUGGUAAAGUUAAAAUAUUACCGGAAAUUGAUGCAAUUAAUAAAGAAGCUGAAAAUUUGAGAAAUGAAGGUGUAAAUAUUAUAAUAGCUUUAGGACAUUCUGGUAUUCAAGUGGAUAAACAAAUAGCAAAGCAUUGCCCCGAAGUAGAUAUUGUUGUUGGGGCACAUACACAUACAUUUUUAUAUAAAGGAAAUCAACCAGAUUCAGAUCGUCCAUUUGAUACAUAUCCGAUUGUUGUUAAACAACAUGGAACCGGAAAAAGAGUUCCAGUUGUACAAGCUUAUGCAUACACAAAAUAUUUAGGACAUCUUGAAGUUACUUUUGAUAAAAAUGGAAAUUUAAUUGAAUGGAAUGGAAAUCCAAUAUUGUUAGAUUAUUCUGUACCACAAGAUAAUGAUGUUUUAGAUUUAUUAGAAGAAUAUAGACCAGGUUUACUUGUUCUUACUGAAAGUAUUGGACAAACUAUGAAUAAUUUAAAUGGAACUAAAGCAGCAUGUCGUAGAAAUGAAUGUAAUUUUGGAGAUUUAAUUUGUGAAGCAAUGUUAUAUGUACGUGAAAAAGAAUUGAAGGAAAAAUAUCGACGUUCAGAUGUUUUCAUUUCUAUAAUACAAGCAGGAGGAAUUAAAGCUUCCAUUCCAAGGGGUAAUGUUUCUAAACUUGAUAUUUUAACUGCAAUACCAUUUAAUAAUACACUUGUAAUUGCAACGAUUACCGGACAAACACUUGUCAAUGCACUUCAACAUUCUGCUUCAUUUUAUGAUGCUGAAGAAGAUGGUGGUUAUUUACAAUUUUCUGGUAUUCGUGUAACAUAUAAUAUGAGUUUACCAGUUGGAAGACGACUUCUUAAUGUAAAAGUUCGUUGCUCUGAAUGUUAUGGAGAAACUUAUCAUCCAAUAAGAUUAGAUAAAAAUUAUAAAGUUAUGUUUACGAAAUUUUUGUUUACUGGUGGUGAUCAAUAUAUAUGGAAUAGUAAUUCAAAUCCACUUGAAGAAGCUGAAAUUAUGUCUAAUUGGACAGAUUAUUUAGCUGCAAUUGAAUAUAUACAAGAUAUGAGCCCAAUAAAUUAUAGAACUGAUCAUAGACAAGUUGUUUUAGUAUAAAAAAAAAAAAAAAUAUGAAUAAA